AUGAGUAUUGAGAAAGGAGAUAUAUUUGAAGAAACAGUAAGAAAAGCAGUAGAAGGAAAGAAUUUAUUUUUAUGGGGAAAAACUGGUACAGGAAAGACACUAACAGCUAAUGAAGUUUGUAAAAGAGUAGGGCAACCACUUCCCUAUAAUAAAAGUACAAGUAAAUUAUGGAGAAAUUAUAAAAAACAAAAAGUAGUAUUACUUGAUGAUAUUGAUAAAGAUAGUGUUAAUUAUAUUAAAAGUAGUAUAUUUACAUGGGGAGAUUAUUAUAAUUUUGAAGCACAAAUAAGUAGUAAAGAAGAAGAUACUAUUGUAAUUAAUCCAGUUAAUUAUACAUUAAUAAUUACAUCUACAUUUAAUCCAGAAGAAUUAUUUGAAUUUAAGAAUAGUUAUGAAAUAGAGAAAUUUCAUAGAUUAUUUGAAGUAGUUCAUACAGAUGAAAAUUAUUUAGACUCUUUAAAAUGA